AUGGAUGACAACAAGGAAACAAUUAAGAAACGUCUCGAUACCUACAAAACUGCCACGACACCGGUUGUAGACUAUUACAAGAAGAAGAAAAAACUACAUAGGAUCGAAGCCAAAGGAACUGUUGAUGAGAUAUUUGGCGAAGUUUCAAAACACUUGGACGAGAUUAUGAAGAAGCCGAAAGCGCCAACGCCCACGAAGGCGCCGGGACUUGUGAAAAAAGAAAGGGUUGAUUUGACUCCUCUAAGAAAAGCAGGAGUUCCAAUCAUCUUCAUUGUUGGUGGUCCCGGUUCUGGAAAAGGUACACAGUGCGACAAGAUAGUUGAAAAAUAUGGACUCUCACAUCUUUCUUCGGGGGACCUUUUACGUGCAGAGGUAAGUCGUCCCAAACAUGUUGUGCCUCAACAAAUUCGUGCUUCUGCAGGUAAAAUCAGGCUCUCCAAGAGGCGCUAAAC